AAACCUUCUCUAAACACUAUAUAAAUACUCCAAUCAAGCUAGCCAAUCUUCAUCCUCAUCAAACAAACAUCAAAACCACCAAACCAAACAAAACUAAACAUCAAGGUAUUUUAAAAUACAAAAAAGAUGACUAUUCCUGUAAUAGAUUUCAGCACUCUCAAUGGUAACAAAAGGAGUGAGACAAUGGCACUAUUGCAUGAAGCUUGUCAAAAGUGGGGAUUUUUCAUGAUAGAAAACCAUGACAUUGACGCUAGGUUGACGGAGAAGGUGAAGAAACUAGUUAAUGAAUACUAUGAAAAAAACUUGAAAGAUGGGUUCUACAAGUCUGAGUUAGUAAAAACAUUGGAGAAACAAGAGAAAACUUUUGAUAAAGAUUGGGAAACCACUUUCUUCAUUUGGCAUCGCCCCAAAUCUAACAUUAAGGAAAUCCCAAACAUUUCUGAUGAACUUUGCAAUACAAUGGAUGAGUACAUUGCACAGCUUAUUCUUCUAGCAGAGAAACUAUCGGAGCUCAUGAGUGAGAACCUUGGCUUGGAGAAAACUUUCAUCAAGAAAUCAUUCUCUAGUCCUAAUGGCAUUGGACCAGUCAUGGGUACAAAAGUGGCCAAAUAUCCUGAAUGUCCAAACCCAAAGCUUGUUAGAGGCCUGAGGGAGCACACCGAUGCAGGUGGCAUCAUUCUGUUGCUCCAAGAUGACAAAGUUGGAGGCCUUGAAUUCUACAAAGAUGGUAAAUGGGUUGAGAUUCCACCAUCCAAGAACAAUGCCAUAUUUGUCAACACUGGCGACCAAAUUGAAGUUCUAAGCAAUGGAUUGUACAAGAGUGUUGUGCACAGGGUCAUGCCUGAUAAAGAUGGUAGCAGGCUUUCAAUGGCAAGUUUCUAUAAUCCAAUUGGCGAUGCCAUUAUUGCUCCUGCACCUAAACUUUUGUAUCCAAGUCACUAUUGCUAUGGUGAUUACUUGAACCUUUAUGGCAAGACCAAGUUUGGUGAGAAGGGUCCAAGAUUUGAAGCCAUCAAGAAUAUGGGCAAUGGUCACGCUCACACUAAUAAUAAUAUAGUCUAGCUUAAAGGAGGAGUAUUAAUUACACUUUCAUCUUUCUUAAUUUUAUAACUUCAUGUUAGUUGUUUUGUAGUUUCCCCCAAGGAAAAAAGUCAAUAAGGAAAAAUGUAACCUAGCAGUCUGGCACACGUUUCGUUUUUCCUUAUUACUAGUAUCUAGUAUCUUCGUCGUUAUUAUUUUAUUUUAAUAUGUUUUGGUUUGAAGACUUUAAUAAAUAGACUUGUUUCUUCUGUUAAUUCCCUAGUUGGGGAAAA